AUGUGCUACGGUAUUCCGAUAGUCACUCCAUCGUGGUUACAGCUAUUGGGGUUCAAAUUGAAAGCGUGCUGGAAGAAGAGUGCCGACUCCGAAGACAGCUUUCGCGUGCCUUCCCCCGACACCGAGGAUGUGCGCCCAGCGCUCGACCCUCUUCUCAAGAACCGUCAGAGCGUGACUCUGUGGCGGGCCGAUCCUUCCCGUCGGCGCAUGUGGUCAAACUGGAACGUCUUGGAGCUGAAGAAGCCCAAGGGCGCGUUCAUCGAAUUGAUCGACCCCCUCGUUACCAAGGCGCACGACGACAACCGGGAUGUCGUCGUUGUCUACCUUCCUCCCACGAAAAACGAGAUGAUCCAGAGGGGGGUUGACUUCAGCAAUGUCAUCCUCGAAGCAUGUGCUAGUGUCAGCAAGUAUCUCGAAGAACUUGCUGCAAAAAAACCCAAUGCGCAAGUUGAGAGCACCCCUCAGCCGACAGCAUCGGAAUCGACAUCUGCCCCGCAGCAAGCGCCCCCUCCCAGCUCACCACCGGUGCAGCCCGAACCCUCAGCGCCUAAGGGGCGACUCCCGAGGAGAGCUGCCGGUUCGCGAUCCGUCUCGCGCGCUCCGUCAGUCCCGCCGCCAACUGCGCCUCCGCCUGAUCCGACUCCUUUGAUGGAGGAAGACAAUGCUCCGACGCCUGGGCCGUCAACUACCACGGCCAGAAAGCGUCGAGCGGGUCGCGGAGCGCAGCGCAUGGACAUGGACAUAGACGACGACUUUGCUGCUCCGACACCCAUGUCCUCUCAACCAUCACGUAUCCCCGAGACUCAGCUCAGCGAAGCUGGCCACUCGAUGGCAUCCAGAGUGCCCGAUUCUAUGGACAUGGACACUCAAGCCAGCCAACAGCCGAGCCAAGCUAACUCUGUAUUCCCGUCGCAGAACCCCCCAUCUAGGGUUCCAGCUAGGUCGUCGAGACUGAAGCGCCGAGCUGGUGUCGGGCCGACUCCGUCCACUUUCCUCGACGGACUGGAUACCUCUGUCCAUUACGAAGAAGAGCUUAAGAAGCAGGAGACGGCGAACGAGAUUCGUGAGCUGUAUGAGCAAAGCAAGAAGGAGAGUGCAAGCUUAGCUGGAAUGUCACCAGCGAAACGGCCUCGCAGGAAAGGACCAGAGGACAUCGCGGAGGAGGAAGCUGAGAGUGCUCCGCGCAGCCGCGACAGCCGCGAGAAUCUCAUGGACGUCGACGACGAGAACGACUUUGUCACCCGAGCCCUGCGCUCUGCAAAGGUGAAGAAGGAGGUCGUCUCACCGGCGAAACGGCCCAAGUCUCCGGAGAGGGCCGUUCAAGCGCCGGCCAAGAAGGUUCUCACCGCGGCUCAGGCUCGCCGCGCUCGUCUUGCUUCUUCUCCGAGGAGGACGAGCCUAUCGAGGAGCCGAAAAGCCGCGGCAAGGCAGCAAAGGCCGCUUCAAAACCCCGAGUUCCUGCAGGCUAUCACCAGAGCCAAGAACAAGAGAAAGGAGAUGGAGGAGCUUGACAAGGAGUUCAAUGAGUUGCGCAUUCCCAAGGCGAACAACAAGCGGGGAACCGACCCAGCAGUUCGCGCAAACCAUAUUUCCGACGACGGUCCUCACUACGAGAUUCUGAAUGACUUCGAUGACGACCUCCGAGGAAACUUCAUCGAGGUGGUGCGAAAGGACCUCUUCCGCAAGGACUCGCCGAAGGUGCCACAGAUGGUUGAAGACGGGCGACCAAAUUUCAAGAAGUUCAAGAAAAACUCGCACCCGCGCGGCGGAGGAUCUUUCGAGGACGAGGAUUCGGCACCCCUGAAGCCAUCCUCGAGGCGUAAGCUCCUCAGCCAGAUUCAGGAGGAGGGUGACAGCGACGACGAGGUGAUGCCUUCAAUGCGAAGCCGGCGUGGCAAGACCCCGGCGACUGGCAGCUCGUCCCGCCGCUCCACUCGCGCUAGCAGCGUGCAGUCCGAGGCGUCCACGACUGCAGCCCCUCCUGCCCGCACUCAGCGCGCUGCGCAGCGUACGCAACGUGCCCCGGCUAAGCGUGCGACCCAACGCGUUUUACUUGACGAAUCGGACGACGACGAAGUGUUCGCCACAGCUCCCCCUCCACCCGCCACAGCUACGGGCCGGAGCAGCCGCUCGACGCGAUCGCGAGGUGCCGAGGCACCCAGCUCGAGCACGCUGGCUGCGCCCUCCACGCGCACCCGUACGUCUCAGCGCACUACCCAGGCUACGCAGCGCCGCAAGCUGCUGGUGGACGACGACGAUGACGAUGAUAUCCAAUUCGUGGGCGUGCAGAAGAAGAGGCGCCUUGGAUAG